CAAACACUUGUUUGCGGCACGACACCACCCAAACCAUGUCUGUGCUGCUGGAAACGUCACUCGGCGACAUCACCAUCGACCUGUUGGUCGACGAUGCGCCCAAAUGCUGUGAAAACUUCCUCAAGCUUUGCAAAGUCAAGUACUACAACUUUGCCCCCGUCCAUAGCGUCCAACCAAACUUCUCCUUCCAGACUGGCGAUCCCAUCGGCCCCGGUUCCAAAGACAGUGACGGCGGCCGCUCAAUAUGGGGCUUGCUCGACCCUGCCCAGCCAGCGAAGAAGACGUUCGUGCCCGAGUUCAGGCCGAAACUCAGGCAUGCCGACAUGGGGACCGUCAGCAUGGCUACCGCGCCCAAUCCCGAAGAUCCAGACGAGCGCUUCGCUGGGAGCCAGUUCAUCAUCACCCUGGGACAAAACAUCGACUACCUCGACGGCAAAGCUGCCAUAUUCGGCACAGUCGUAGAGGGGUUUGACACACUGGACAAGAUUAACACAGCAUAUAUCGACGAUCAGGGACAGCCACUCAAAGACAUUCGCAUACUACACACCGUCGUCCUCGAUGAUCCAUACGACGACCCCUCGGGCCUCGCCGAGCCACCAGAGAGCCCCGUGCCCUCGGCUGCGCAGCUCGCCACCGUCCGCGUCGCAUACGAUGAAAACCUCGACGAGGACAAUGACCCAGAAGCCUUGGAAAAGGUUCGCAGAGAACGUGAGGCGCGCGCACAAGCACUUACGCUUGAGAUGGUUGGCGAUCUGCCAUUCGCCGAAGUAGCACCCCCUGAGAACGUGCUGUUCGUCUGCAAGCUCAACCCAGUGACGCAAGACGAAGAUCUGGAGCUCAUCUUUUCGCGAUUUGGCAAGAUCCUUAGCUGUGAGGUCAUUAGAGACAAGCGUACAGGUGAUAGCCUGCAAUACGCCUUCAUUGAAUACACCAACCAGAAGGAUUGCGAGCAGGCCUAUUUCAAGAUGGAUGGUGUUCUGAUCGACGACCACCGCAUACAUGUUGACUUCUCCCAGUCCGUUUCAAAGAUAGCCGACGAUUGGCGGGAUGUUACAAAUAAGAAGAGGAGGCGGGCUGCUGGCGGUUUUGGUGGUAUCGACAAUCUCGAGAAGAAAAAGCAGUAUCGCGAUGGCUCCGGGCGCCAGAUCAUGUCAGAUUCUGUUGUAAACAAUCUGGUCGUCGACCGAGAUGUUGCACAAGAUACUACACAAGGUCCAAAGGACAGCGGCAAGGAUAGACGACGGGACGAUACACGGAGGCGUGAGAGGAGGGAGGAAUACCAUGACGACCGCUUCAAGCGGAAUCGUAGCCGGAGUCCCAAGCGCGAACGUCGCGAUGGCGAUGAUGGACGGUACAAUGACCGCAGGCGAGAGCGAAGUCGUAGCCCAAAUCGCCACCGUGACAGCCGCCGGGACAGGAGUCGAGAUCGCUAUCGCCGCGAUGACCGGGACCGUCGGCGUUGA